AUGCCCCUCGUUCCCGAUGACCCAGCCUCGACGUCGCACCAUAAUCUCUCAUCUCCACCAGAGCGCCUAGUUACAAGGAGUACUCCAUCUUCCACUGUUCAUAGUCGGGAAACCUCCGCCGUUAGAGGAAGGGCGCUUGAUCCCUCCGCGCUAGCCCCUGCCACCCUCCAGCCUCAGAGUCGACGCCGCGGUCAGUCCCAUUCCAAGAGCCCUGAAACAGCAUCUGUGCGCCCGAGUCCUGGAAACGAUGCCCCGCUGGAGCGCAGGCCAUCGAACUCGUACGGGCACCACCGGCAGACCUCGAUCGUCCAUGGAAUCCAGCACUCCCGAAAUCCCAGCUUCGCCGCGUCGACCACGUCAACGAGUCCUUUGAGCCCCGAACUCAUUGCGAGUCUUAGCCGCAGCGGCGGCGCUGAGCAGGAAAUGGCUGGACUUGGGAGGCUGGAAUACUCUGACAUGCACUCAAACCAUCAAAGCUCUUCAACGAACGGGACGGCGAACCACAAUACACAGGGAAUGCUGAGCACGAUUGAAGACCGGGAUACCGACGAUGUGUCAGAAGGGGCUAGUCCGUUGAGUGUAGCUCACAGAAGGAUGAACUCUACCGGAAAGCCGUGGCGAGAGCGUUCCCACAGUCGUUCGCACUCCAGACACGCGCAGGCAGAGUCGAAGACUGUUGGUGAAUACGCACUGCAUCAUCUGUUCAAUUCUUUUGUCGGUCAAGCGGACAAUAAGAUAAACCAGGCUAUCAUGAAACUGGGCGAAUCGGAUACUCCAGUGGAGGAUGUUUGCGGCCCAGGAACGGACUCGAAGUUCGAUCAAUUGAUUUCAGCACUGGGUCAUAUUGCUCGCCAAAAACCCAAGCCACUGAUUGAUACGAUCAUGCUUUGGAGGAAAGCCAAAGGUGAUGCUGUCCUUGGAGCUAAACAAGCGGCCAGUCAAUCAAAAUCGCCCGCUGAGAAUGGCUUAAUGAUGCGGCGAAAUACGGAGCCGAGCCAGGCGGCUGGCGAUUCAGGCCAUUCACCGAAUUCGCUCCUUUCCCGGCACGAUGAUAUUGUUUUGACCGAGCGACGAGCGACCGUUUCGGUUUAUCUAGUGUGCAGGGUUUUGAUAGAAAUAUUCAAUCAGAGCAGUCUCGAAUCUAUAACAGUCGACAUGGCGGACCGGCUAGAAGACAUAGUGUUCGGCCAACUGAAGACAGUUGACCCCGACCAGAUUACUGCCUCGCCACUCCGGAUGGCUAACUGGAGAAUCUACUCACAGCUGCUUGGUAUCAUGAGCGAAGAGAAAUUCACAAGCGUUACGACUAGGUUUUUAACGGAGCUUGAGAAAUAUCAGAAGGAAGAAAGUUUACGAGGACCAUCUAAGGAGGGAGAUGCCAGAACAGAGCUUUUGAUUUCGGGCUUGAAGCACGUCCGCAUCAGGACGAGCCCUGAGAAAUGGCCGAAAUCGUGCGAUUUCAUGAGGUCGUUGGCCCGCUUAUUUGUCAACGCUCAUGGCCAGCGCAUCAAGCAGGCGUAUUGCAGUAUAUUCGAGAAACUGCUUCUUCCGGUAGCAGCCAACCCGAACUGCGAUCUGACACUUCCCAAGUGGAAGGAGUUUCUCGACUUGGUACACUCACGUCUUCCGCAUAUGUUGACCAAACCCAGGCAUUGGCCUGCAGCUUUUCCACUCCAUGUUUUACUUCUCUGUUUAUCGUCCAAGGAGAACUUCUCUUCUCAAUGGCUGUCAAUCAUCCAAUCCCUUCCCGCUAAACUCAAAGAUCGACCUACAAGAGGACCAGCUCUUCAGGCGAUGUGUCGCUUGGUGUGGACCUACUUCUUCCGUUAUUCAGAUUCUCCCACCGUGACCCUCCGCAAGAUCGAUGAGGUAGUCAAGGUAGCACUGCCGGCAGGGAAGAGGACAUACCUCAGUACCGACCCAUUAGUGGCUGAGCCUUUGGUUCAGUUGAUACGAAUGAUUGGGUUUAAGCAUCCUGAUGUUUGUUUCCGAACCAUCAUUUUUCCUUUGAUCAAUUCGGACUACUUCUUGUCCCCUGGAAGGGACAUAAAAAUCGAGCAAAUGGAACCAGAGAAGAUGGUGAUUGGUAUCCAGUCAUUCCUUGCAAUCAUUGCGGACCUGGAGAACUGUGACCAGCUAUGCCCCCCUGUUCCUACCGGCUCGAUCCCCAACCCGUUUACCGACCCUACUGAUACAACGUCCCUGUUUCGACCGCAGAACCCUAUAGACCCGAAGCUUCCCGGUACCACUGACGCGGGUCAAAAUUCGCCCUGUCCUGUUAAUACCGCACGACUCAGCGAUAACAUCAAGGCUCAUUAUUUCCGCUUCUGCGAGAUAUUGGGUAAGAUCACACUACUGUGCGAUAAUACUUUUGGUGGCCAAGCUGCCUUGGAUGAAAAGUUCGGUGGAAGUACGCCCAAGACGCCUAUUACAGAAGCUUUCAGUUUUGGGCGACGAGAUGAUCAUCUCAACGCCUUGGACCAGAGGCAAGGAUUUUAUGACCUGCUUCAUGUGGCCGUUCAAGCACUUCCCCGUUGCUUAUCUGACCACACACCAUUUAAUUCACUGAUCAAUUUGUUGUGUACAGGCACUGCUCAUGUUCAGCCUCACCUUGCCUUUUCUUCUGCUGAGUCCCUGAAAGCGAUUGCGCGCCAGUCUCAUGCACAGCAAGUCACGAUGGGAUUCGCUAGAUUCAUCUUCAACUUUGAUGCCAGAUAUUCUACAAUGUCCGACGAAGGGAUGCUUGGACCGGGCCACAUCGAGUCGACUCUGAGACUCUAUGUUGAGCUAUUACAAAUCUGGAUUGAGGAAAUCAAGCAGAAAACUAAGGGUACUAUUGCGGAUUCAGGUGAAAUGAACGGCACAGUAAGCCGCGCGCUACACCUUGAUCUGUCCAGCGUUUUAGCGCAAGUCGAGGAAGUCGAAUCUCACGGCUUAUUCUUCUUAUGCUCUCAGUCACGGGUGGUGCGAUCCUUCGCUAUUACUGUGCUUCGACUUAUAACAGAGUUUGACAGUGCUCUCGGCAAAGAGAACACCAGAAUAAUCAGGAUACUUGAGGCUGACUCUCAGCAAAUUCUGGAUGUCAACGACGAGCAUCUAACGGUCGCCGAAAGGAGCCGUAUUCAAAAAGGAAAACGACGGAGUGCCUCCCAAAAUACUCUAAUAGAGCUUUGCAGCAGCGAGGUUUCAUACGAUUCGACUUUAUGGUCUAAGGUGUUUCCCAACAUUAUCCGCAUAAGUUUUGAGACUUGCCCUUUCGCUGUCACACUAGGGCGGGAAAUUGUCUGCGCAAGGCUCGUUCAGAUGCACAAAGCUAUCACCGCCUUGGCAGAAUCUCCGCAGCACCCUCAGUAUCCUCCCAUCGACCCUGCGCAAGCUCGCUUGCUGGCUAGGAAUAACACGACUGCGGAAAUCAUGAUUGAACAGUGGAAAUCAUACUUGGUUAUGGCUUGUACAACACUCAAUAGCGUUGGUGCACAGUCCCAAAGUCAACUGGCCAACGCCCAGCAUACCAGGAAAUCAUCAAAGGGGUCACAGUCGUUCGACAAGAUCGGGUCCGCUAGAAGCCUCUUUGCGUUUGUGAUACCGUUGCUUUCCGCCGAACGUGCGUCCAUUAGGAAUGCAAUAGUGGUUGCUUUGGGAUCCAUCAAUAAAUACCUUUAUCGAAUACUCCUCGAGUCGCUGCAGUACGCUGUUACGACUUGCAAUGAAGAAGCCAAGAUUCGAAUUGGGACACAUCAUCGAACACCAAGUAGCCCCCGACGAAGCCGAAAGACGGACAGGUUACGAACAGAGGUAACGCAUGUGUACAAACUAACGUCUAAAUUUCUGAAGGAACCCGAAGUCUACAAUGAUGACUGGAUCGUUAACAAUCUCGUGACCUAUGCCAAGGACCUACGAAUAUUCCUCAGCGACGCGGGUGUUCAAAACGAUUGGGAAUUUCAAAGCUUGCGCUUCCACUAUUGUGGACUAAUGGAAGAACUGUUCGAGGGUGUCAACCGUACGAAAGACCCGUCACGGUGGAUUCCGUUUGAGGCACGCAAAUCUUCCUUUUCCCUGAUGGAAGACUGGUGCGGUUAUUCCCCGAACCAAGCUCAAAUCUCCCAACGGGAGGAGCAUAUGCGGAAGCUUGCCAUUGCUCAGCGUCAGGAGGCAGGCGGGGAACUACGAGGUGCCACUGCAGCCACAGAAAUUGAGAAGCGAAACCUCAGGGCAGCCGCUCUUGGUGCAAUGGCAUCCCUUUGUGCGGGCCCAAUAAGUAUUACUACAGAGAGCGGCUCAGUGCUCCAAUUUGAUGUCGGACGGAUGCUGUCAUGGAUUGAGAUCAUCUUCAACACUGUCAGUGAUAAAUGGCAUGCAAUCGGUCGACGUGCGCUGAAAAAUUUGAUCCUCCACAACAAAGAACACACUUACCUGCUGGAGCGGUCGGUUGAGAUGUGCUAUGUGACAGAGCGGCCCAAGUCCCUUGAGAGCUACUUUGAAGUAGUUACCGAGAUUUUGAUUGAACACACCGACUAUCCGUUGGGCUUCUGGAGAAUUCUGGGCGCUGUCCUAGUCACUCUGGGCAGCCCUAAGCGAGAAAUCAGAAUGAAAUCGGCCAAGCUCCUUCGAAUCCUUGAGGAGCGUGAGCAGAAGAACUCCCGGUUACAAGAUUUUGAUAUUAGUAUAUCCGACAAGACAACCGCGGUCUACAAGCUGGCCCAGUUCGAAACAUCGAAACGUCUUGCCCAGCAGCAUGCUGACCUGGCAUUUACACUCUUCUCAGAGUUUUCCCAGCAUUUCAAGAACUUGCGGCCUGACAGUCAGCGAAACUUGGUGGCGGCAAUUCUCCCUUGGGUACAGACAAUGGAACUGCAGGUUGAUCCCAACGGUGGCCCCACAGCCAAGUCCUACAUGCUCCUUGCCAACCUCUUCGAGAUUACCAUCCGGUCAAGUACGAUACUCCCGAAUGAGGUCCAAGCUUUAUGGCAGGCGCUUGCCACAGGGCCUCAUGGAGGAAAUGUGCAGUUGGUGCUGGACUUCGUUAUCAGCCUAUGCCUCGAACGUAAAGAACAAAACUUUGUGGAGUAUGCGAAGCAAGUGGUUGUAUUUCUGUCAGGGACGCCUGCAGGUUCGAAGGUGAUCGAGUUCUUUUUGAUGCAAGUUGGUCCCAAGAACAUGGUCCAUGAACGAAAAGACAUUACGCCGGCACCGCUAGACGUGAAGAGUUUACCAUACGUUGCGGACCUCGCAACUGUGCUCCCUGUUGGUAACAAGCAAGCCGGGUUGUCCCUUGGUCAGGUUGCUCUUAUUUUCCUUGUCGACCUCAUGGUUGCUCCAGUCACCCUUCCACUUCCGGAUGUCGUGAAGCUGUUGCAUGUUGUCGUUAUUCUUUGGGACCACUAUACUCUUACUGUGCAAGAGCAGGCUAGAGAGAUGCUUGUUCAUCUCAUUCACGAGCUCAUUGCCGCCAAGAUCGAAGAUGAUGAACCCGCAGGGAGCCGGCAAUCUAUCGAGGACUUUGUGGAGUGCAUUCGCAGAAGCGACCCUAAAGUAGUUUGGGAGUAUGAGGACAGUCACGAUAAAGAGGAUGGCGAGGAUGACAGCCGUGUCCCAUCUUCAAUGGCUAGCGUUACUCACGCCGUUGUUGAUUUUUUCAGUCUUGCUUACGAGGGAAUCACCGAUCUAUGGGCAAAAGAAGCAUUGAACUGGGCGACUUCAUGCCCAGUACGGCAUCUCGCCUGCCGUUCUUUCCAAGUUUUCCGCUGCAUUUCGACAAGCUUGGACUCCAGAAUGCUUGCUGACAUGCUGGCUCGACUCUCAAAUACAAUUGCGGACGAGGAGGCAGAUUAUAGAACUUUCUCUAUGGAAAUUCUCACGACGCUCAAAAUCAUCAUUAGUUCUCGAGCACCUGCAGACCUGCUGCGAUAUCCGCAGCUUUUCUGGACGACAUGUGCCUGUCUGAACACUAUCCACGAGACGGAGUUUGUUGAGAGUGUUGGCAUGCUAGAGAAGUUUUUGGACAGGGUCGACAUGAGUGACCCGAUCGUAGUCGGGGAGCUUGUCAAGGGCCAGCCACCGAAGUGGGAGGGCGGUUUUGAUGGCAUCCAGAACUUGGUCUACAAAGGGCUAAAAAGUUCUCAAUCGCUCAACCGCACGCUGGAUAUUUUACAUCGCUUGAGCGGCCUUCCCAACAAUGAGCUCAUUGGCGACGGCAACCGGCUUUUGUUUGCUAUCCUGGCCAAUCUAUCCCAUUUCCUUCGCCAGUUCGAUCCAAACAUCGAUGAUCCAAAAACACUCGCCCGUGCCACGUUAUUGGCGCGCGUGGCCGAGGGUGAGGGAUGCCCGCGUCUUGCAGCUUCUCUCCUUGGCUUCGCCAAUGGGCAGUACAAGGCGGAGAAUGAUUUCUUAAGUCACAUCAUCACCGAAAUACGAUCCUAUUACUAUCCCCAACAGGAUUUUCAAAGCCUAGUCUUCCUCAUGGGCUUGCUCACGAACGCGACAGAUUGGUUCCGUGUUAAGGUCAUGAAAAUACAGUGUGCAGUGAUUCCCGAAGUUGACAUGCGGCGAUCUGAUGUGGCAAGUCAUGGCCCUGAUUUGAUAUCGCCCCUUUUACGCCUUCUACAGACCGAUCUUUGCCCUCAAGCUCUGCAAGUUAUGGACCAUAUCAUGACCGUUUCGGGCAAUCCUAUGGAGCGCCAUCAUAUUCGGAUGAGCAUGGCUUCAUCGACUUCAUCGAGGGCAAUCCGGAAAGAAUACGAGCGAAUCCAGAGUCUUUACGGGAUCCCAGAACCUACGGGGUGGUCUAUCCCGAUGCCGGCGGCCCAGUCAGCUGUUACACGACAUAAUGUCCACGCGGUAUUCUACACAUGUGCUGAAGUUGAUCGGGUAGAUGCGCAGGAACCUGUACCGUCCGAGGUUGAGUUCCACGCUGACGAUUACAAUGACAAUUUUUUCCCAAUGCGAGCCGAUACGAUGCAAUCGAUUGAGACGCAGACGGAUGGCAACAUUGGGGAUAUUGUGCAGAAACUGGAUAGUCUGGACGACUUCUUCGAGGACACAGAAUCAUCCCAUCCGACGCUUGAUGCUGUGCCUGAUAUGUCAUUACGUGGUUUCGCAGGCGGUUACGUGGAUUCCAACGCAAGUAUCUAUGACCAGCAAACCGCCCCGAUACUGCGAAAGUCGCUCGCGCGGACAGCCUCAACAUCCUCAUUUCAUAAUGGUCUCGUUGACUCUCGCCCUACAAAUAUGCGCUUUGACGGUGUUGGCUAUCAUACCGCCGGCACAUCGACACCUCAUCUAUCCACCCAAACGCUACGUCCAGUAUCUCAUACACGUUCUGUGACCUCACCGGUCAAUCACGUCUUUUCUCAAAGCUCGGCUGGUCCGCAGUUCUCUACUCCACCCACUGGAGUUCAUGAGCCCACCUUUUUCUCUGACGAUGAAAUGGAGGAUGGCUCAUUCGACUUUGAUGGACGCCUAAUGGUGAACAAGCACCCUGCGCACCCUUUGACCAGCCAAUCACGCAGCGCAACGGACGGCUCGUCGUCGCUCGAAUCGAUGAUCCGAAGUGGCAUGAGACGACUCACCGGAAGCACAGCAGCUGGUCGAGAUAAAGAGCGGCAGCGUGAAUUUGUCCGAGCUCAGCACCGAGCGAUGGCUCAGACUGUGGAUUCACCACGUGUGCCGAAGGUGCCGGCGGAAUACCUUGGAGGAUCUCCAAGUCAUCCAAGUUCACCGGGCCAGUAA